CAAUGGAAGGAGCAUAGAGCGCGAAGUGGCCUCAUCUCCAGGCUUCCGCUCAUCGUAGCUGUGGAGUGGGACGGUGUCAACGGUGAUGGAAUGUGUACUGUACAGCGCAGAGGGCCCAGGUCUUGAAGCCGCAAUCAUGCUCAUUUUGCCUGCAGCGUCUUGCGAGAAUCCAUUCGUCGCCGUAAUCGUCUGCAAUGCUGGAAACAGGACUGGUUGGAGUUGGACCUUUCUGCCCAGUGUGUCUCGUGUUGUGGCUGGUGAUGGAUCGGACGGUAAUGGUCGCUAUUGCCCCGGGGCACACGUUGCUUUCCCACUGUGGUGAUUGCGGGUGCCGGUGGGCUUGGAUAUCAUCAUCUCGAUUGCUGGCUUCAAGAGGUAUCUCAGACCAUUUUAUAUCUCAUGUUGCAUCGUUGGUCAAACGGUUACGAUUCUUGUCUUCCAAACAAGCGGCCCGGGUUCGACUCCCGGACGAUGCAGUGACUUUGGCUUUUUGUUGCGGCCUCCUCUAGGGAGGCUGUGGUCUGGCUUGUCAUAUAUGCCUUCGUCUUAGGUGGUGGAUACCACGCAUAUUCACAUAGUAUGGUGACACAUUGCUCAUCAUCGAAG